AUGGAGGACGCCCACUGCAAAACAGUAGACGAAGUUCUAAACUACUUCAAUGUAGAUUCAGAUAAAGGUCUUGGGACAGACCAAGUCAAGAGGAACCAGGAGAAGUACGGUCUCAACGAACUGCCAGCCGAGGAGGGAAAAUCCAUCUGGCAACUCGUACUGGAACAAUUCGAUGACCUCUUAGUUAAGAUUCUUCUACUAGCAGCUAUCAUUUCUUUUGUACUGGCCCUGUUUGAGGAGCACGAGGAUGCGUUCACGGCGUUCGUCGAGCCCUUUGUCAUCCUGCUGAUCCUGAUCGCCAAUGCCGUGGUCGGUGUCUGGCAGGAGCGCAAUGCCGAGUCGGCAAUCGAGGCGCUCAAAGAGUACGAGCCCGAGAUGGGCAAAGUGGUGCGAGGCGACAAAUCGGGCGUCCAGCGGAUCCGGGCCAAGGAAAUCGUGCCCGGCGAUGUGGUCGAGAUCUCCGUCGGCGAUAAGAUACCCGCCGACAUUCGUCUCAUCAAGAUCUUCUCGACCACCCUGAGAAUCGACCAGUCGAUCCUCACCGGCGAAUCGGUCUCGGUGAUCAAGCACACGGAUCCCGUGCCAGAUCCGCGCGCCGUCAACCAGGACAAGAAGAACAUCCUCUUCUCAGGGACGAACGUGGCAGCGGGCAAGGCGCGCGGUGUCGUCAUCGGCACCGGCCUCAACACCGCGAUCGGCAAGAUCCGUACCGAGAUGUCCGAGACCGAGGAGAUCAAGACGCCGCUCCAGCAGAAACUCGACGAGUUCGGUGAACAGCUCUCCAAAGUCAUCUCGGUCAUCUGCGUCGCCGUCUGGGCCAUCAACAUCGGCCACUUCAACGAUCCCGCCCACGGUGGUUCCUGGAUCAAGGGCGCCAUCUACUACUUCAAAAUCGCCGUUGCGCUCGCCGUCGCUGCCAUUCCCGAGGGUCUGCCCGCCGUCAUCACCACCUGUUUGGCCCUUGGCACGAGACGCAUGGCCAAGAAGAACGCCAUCGUCAGGUCGCUCCCGUCCGUCGAGACUCUCGGCUGCACCUCCGUCAUUUGCUCCGACAAGACUGGCACCCUCACCACCAACCAGAUGUCCGUCAGCCGAAUGUUCGUGUUCGAGAGGAUCGACGGCAAUGACAGCGCGUUCCACGAAUUCGAAAUUACCGGUUCGACGUACGAGCCCAUCGGUGAGGUGUUUCUGAAGGGCCAGAAGAUCCGUGGUACCGAUUACGAGACUCUCCACGAGCUCGGCACCAUCUGCAUCAUGUGCAACGACUCGGCCAUCGACUUCAACGAGUUCAAGCAGGCCUUCGAGAAGGUGGGUGAAGCCACCGAGACCGCCCUCAUCGUCCUCGCUGAGAAAAUCAACCCGUACGGCGUCAACAAGUCCGGCCUCGACCGUCGUGGCACAGCUAUCGUCGUCCGACAGGACAUAGAGACCAAAUGGAAGAAGGAGUUCACGCUCGAGUUCUCGCGCGAUCGUAAAUCCAUGUCCUCGUACUGCGUCCCGCUCAAGCCCACGAAACUCGGCACCGGACCUAAAUUGUACGUCAAGGGCGCGCCCGAGGGUGUGCUCGACAGGUGCACACACGCCCGCGUUGGCUCGCAAAAGUUCCCUCUGACCUCUACCCUCAAGAAUCGCAUCCUUGAUCUCACCCGUCAAUACGGUACCGGCCGCGAUACCCUCCGUUGCUUGGCCCUGGCCACGGCCGAUCAUCCCAUGAAGCCCGAUGACAUGGAUCUUGGAGACUCGACCAAAUUCUACACCUACGAGAAGGACCUCACCUUCGUCGGUGUCGUCGGUAUGUUGGACCCACCUCGUAAAGAGGUCUUCGAUUCGAUUGUCAGGUGCCGUGCCGCUGGCAUCCGCGUCAUCGUCAUCACGGGUGACAACAAAUCUACCGCCGAGGCUAUCUGCAGGCGAAUCGGUGUCUUCGGCGAGGACGAGGACACGACCAACAAGUCCUACUCUGGUCGCGAAUUCGACGACCUGUCCAUCCCCGAGCAGAGAGCCGCUUGCGCGAGAGCCAGGCUCUUCUCCCGUGUAGAACCAGCGCACAAGUCCAAGAUCGUUGAGUACCUGCAGAGCAUGAACGAGAUCUCUGCCAUGACUGGCGACGGUGUUAACGACGCGCCAGCAUUGAAGAAGGCCGAAAUCGGUAUUGCCAUGGGAUCUGGUACCGCCGUGGCUAAAUCUGCGGCUGAGAUGGUCUUGGCUGACGACAACUUCUCAUCCAUCGUAUCUGCCGUCGAGGAGGGUCGCGCCAUUUACAACAACAUGAAACAAUUCAUCCGUUACCUCAUUUCUUCCAACAUUGGUGAAGUUGUGAGUAUAUUCUUGACUGCUGCCCUUGGUCUUCCGGAAGCCUUGAUUCCUGUCCAGCUCUUGUGGGUUAAUCUUGUCACGGACGGUCUUCCCGCUACGGCUCUUGGUUUCAAUCCUCCCGACUUGGACAUCAUGCAGAAGCCUCCCCGUAAGGCAGACGAAUCUCUUAUUUCUGGAUGGCUCUUCUUCCGUUACUUGGCUAUUGGUGGAUACGUCGGCGCUGCUACUGUUGGAUCGGCUGCCUGGUGGUUCUUGUACAGCCCACACGGACCACAGAUGAAUUAUUAUCAGCUGACUCACCACUUGUCAUGUAUCGGUGGUGGCGAAGAAUUCAAGGGUCUUGACUGCAAGAUCUUCAGUGAUCCUCAUCCCAUGACUAUGGCUCUCUCUGUACUUGUCACUAUUGAGAUGUUGAACGCGAUGAACAGUUUAUCUGAGAAUCAAUCUCUGAUCAGCAUGCCGCCAUGGUCGAACUUGUGGCUCAUUGCCUCGAUGGCACUUUCUUUCACACUCCACUUCGUCAUUCUUCACGUCGAUGUUCUUUCGACUGUAUUCCAAGUGACUCCCUUGACCGGGGAAGAAUGGGUUACAGUUAUGAAGUUCUCGAUUCCUGUAGUACUUCUCGACGAAACCUUGAAGUUCAUUGCCAGAAAGAUCACAGACGGUGAGAACCCAAUUUACACCGUACACUGGAUUGUUCUAAUGUGGGCUGUGUUUUUCGGACUGAUAAUUUACGGCCCCCUAUAAAUAAUCCAUUUUUUGGUGUAAUGUUUAGCAAAAAAAAAAAAAAAAAAAAACAAAAAAAACAAAAACAAACAAAUACAAAAAAAACGAAAGAUGCCUUUCUUACACGGAAGCCAAGCUCACCGCCUUGGACUUGCAAUUGCAUUUAACUAAAAACGAAAAAGAGCAAAAAUUAAUAAUUAAGCAUAACUUUUCCUCCACGAGGGAAAACUUGUGACAUAAAUUAACGAAACAAACAAAAAGUGUGUCCAAGUGAGAUUUUAAUUACUUUGAUUGUUGCGCAUGGUGUUAGUCGGGCAACUAGAGAAAGCAGAAAAUGCAAAAAAAAAAAGAUGUUGAUUUUUUGUUUUAUAGUCAACCGUAUUCUGCACCGCACUGUACUUCAUACAAAACGUAGAAGGGAAUUAUCACUGUAUCAUGACAAUUACAGUGACCUGCUUAUGAUGUUUUUUUUCUCUUUUCUUAGAUUUUUUUUUUAUUUUCUGGCGUAAAGGAACGCGAACUUACGAUCACAUUGUUUCGUACAAGUGCCUUUUUGAUGUUGACAUUCUUUUUGCGAGGCAAUAAUCUUGUUUUUUUUUUUCUCCGAACGCCAAAUUUUUUCCUUCCCUUCACUCGAUUAACGCUAUCUUUGUUUUUAAUACCGCAAGCUUUGCUCUGUCUUACUUUUAAAACGCUAAUUCUAUUGCAUACGUGUGGGCUUUGCACAUAUGAAUCUUCGAUCUUAUUCGUCGAUCGAUCGACUCGGUGUGAUCGUACGUAGUUUUUCAUAAAAUUGCAAUUUUCCAAAUUUGAUUUGUAUUUUAGAGACUACCGUUUGAUCUCGUCAUCGAUGAUAGAAUAGGAGCGUGCGGUGAUGGUCGUUUUUCAGACAUACACGCGAUCUUUAAAAAAAAUUAAAGUAUGCAAUUUGCACCCGAUUGCAUAAUAGCAACGUACCGUAAAGGGUACACACAUGUAAUUGCAAUACAUAAUUAACUUUAAAAUAUCGUGCAGUUGAAUGCUUUAGAAUUUAUUCGCAGAAACGGUUCGAUAGAAAUAAUUAAUUUAUAUAAUUCAUCUUAUACGAGUUUGAAGAAAACAAAUGAUUAGAUUCUUUUUAAGUAAUAAUCAAUUGUACAUAAUAACGUAGGGUUAAUAUACUGCUGUAAAUUUAAGCUUAAAAGAAAAAAAAAAUCUGUUUAUCGCUCGUCGCGUAGAAAAAGAAUUUGCAUUGAUCUCGUCAUUAGUUUGUCGAUUUGAUGAUAAAAUCUCUAGUAAAAUGAAUCAAAAGUAUAAUGACGAAUUUUUGUUGGUCAAAUAGAAUCAACUGCUUAGAGUUAUUGAUCGUUAGAACAACAGAAUUUCGUUAUUAUAGUCGUUCGAGGUUGAUUAGUAAUUAUAUAAUGAACGGGAAAAAAAUGAUGAGGCGCAACUCACGGAUCAAAUCAAAGCAAAAAUUCGAAAAUUUAAUAAAAAAUAUUUAUAAACGAGUGAAAUAGUCAACCUUCACGUAAUACAGCUACUUAUACAAAAUCCACUCACCCUCGAAUGCAGUCUCUUUGAAAGAUGAACAAUCGCAGUUUUCAUAUACUUUAUGUGUCUUUGUAAUUGUACCUAUCUAAGUAAUUAUCGGUGUUCUUUGUUUGAUAUUUAUUAAAUUAUCGAAAAAAAGUAACAGUGAAAACAAAAACUACACUCUCGCAAAUACCUGCACAUUAGCUGUAACUCCGCUUUUUGUAAAUUAUAAACCCUAUUCCGCUGUAUGUUUUCAUAUCACUGAAUGUUGAGUUCUUUGGCUUAGAAAUAUUAAUAUGAUGUAUAAUGGCUCGAUAUUUUGUGGAAAUUAUGUGUGGGAUAGCUAAGAAACUUACUGCGCUGUAUUUAAGACCUGAUUGCGGCGUGUGUAUUAGCAUGCACCUUUCCUCUAAUUUUUUUUUUUUUUUUUUUUUUUUUUUUUUUUUUUGCAACAAACAACUGUAUGUGUCCACAUAAAAUCCUGUGCACCAACCACUUGUGAAAUAUCUAAUUCCUCUGAUGCUUCUUGCAUUAGAUUUUUUUUAUCCUUAUUUAUAUUGUACUUUUAUAAUUUUAUAAGGGCAAUUCACAGUAUCACGCUUAUUACAUUAUGUUAAUAAAUUUUUCCAUGAAAAAAAAUUAACAUUGAUUCUGUGUGAUUAAUGCAAACUAUGGACAAUGUAAAUAAUAAUAAAAAAAAGUAACGUAAUCGAAAUUCAGCAUAAAAUCAGACGCUGGUGCUUGCUUUUUUUCACACUUACAAAGCACUUUAUUAAAAUCCUGCAUAUUUUUUUCCAUCCAAGCCUCAUACUAGAACGGAAGGAGGUCUUGAUUACAUAAACUUGUCUUGGUUACAAACAAAUCAUUGUAACUGUGAUGUACUUUAUUUAUUUUUUUUUUCUCACUUUCCUCACUACAAUACCAUUAUUUGCGAAUAAGGCGACUUUUUUCUUUUCUUUUUUUUUUUUUUUUAUGCGAGUCUCGAACAGCGAAUUUACCGAGAUGCUUUCAAUGAGAGAGUCGACUGAGUACGAGAAGUGAUACACUUUUAACGUAAGAAUAACGAGGAAAGAGUACCAAAAGUAAAGUCAGAUUCAAUCAACUAAACUGUAAAUUUUAUAUGUAAUUGACAUUGAAAAGUCUGCAAUUCAGACGACUUGAUUAAGUUGGAUGAUAGGUUCAAGUAUAACCGCAGACACGAGUACCAUAUACAUCAUAUGCACAUACUUUAUAAGAGAACUGUCAUUGUGUUUGUUAAAUGUGAUAAUAAUAAUUAUUUACAUGAGAAAGAAAAAUGAAUAUAUGUACAUCUAUGAGCUUUUGUUCUGAUUUUAUUAAACAAACAAAAUAUUUACUAAACAAACUAAACAACCGUUUGGUUGAUGAUGAUGAUGAUGACGAAGCGUUUAGUUGAAUGAAUCCUCGUUCAAAGAAAAAGAAACGAAAAACACACGAACUAGAUACCAAGUGUAGAGAAUACAACGGCGCCAUAUAAGUAUGUUCACUGACGAUUGCAAAUACGCCAUCGGUAUCCUCUUUUGUCACUGUUCUUAAAAUGUAAGUACUGGAUUUUGGUUUGUGGCGUGUGAGUAUGUGCGUGUGCGUGUGUUUGUUGAUACAAUUAAUACAAUCCCUCCAUCACUACCAUUCUAUAUUAAACAAAACAACAAAACUGAC